AUGCCACCAAAUCAGAUUCCAAAUUUAUGGGUGCAAAUUAUGGAUGAUUUUCAAUAUGUUCAAAAUAUUGAACCAUUUUUUGAUUAUUUUACAACAACAUGGGUAGAUGAUAAUGCAAUGUUUGAUUAUUCAUUGUGGAAUUAUUUUGAUUUCUUGAGUCAUCGUACUAACAAUAACGUCGAGGGAUGGCAUUGCAGACUAAAUUCUUCGCUUUAUCAUGUUCAUCAUCCAAAUUUUUACGUAUUUCUUAAUAGUUUAAAAGNGCUAUUAUAA